UAGUAAUUUAUAUCUUGUGCGCAGCGGAGGUUAGUCAUCGCGGCGCUAUAUGUAGAGAGAGAAGUGAGUGAAGGACGAACAUUUUAAUAGGAAAUAACCAGACACAAACAUGCGCGAAAUUGUCCAUCUUCAAGCAGGUCAAUGUGGAAACCAAAUCGGAUCUAAGUUCUGGGAGGUUAUCUCCGACGAGCAUGGUAUCGAUCCCACCGGAUCCUACCACGGUGACUCCGACCUUCAGCUCGAGAGAAUCAACGUCUACUACAAUGAAGCUUCCGGUGGAAAGUAUGUUCCCCGCGCAGUGCUCAUCGAUCUCGAGCCGGGAACUAUGGACUCGGUGAGAUCCGGUCCAUUCGGACAGAUCUUCAGGCCGGAUAACUUCGUUUUCGGACAGAGCGGCGCAGGCAACAACUGGGCCAAGGGUCACUACACAGAGGGCGCUGAGCUCGUAGACUCCGUGCUCGACGUCGUCCGCAAGGAGGCUGAGAAUUGCGACUGCCUGCAAGGGUUCCAGUUGACACACUCGCUCGGUGGAGGUACCGGAAGUGGCAUGGGAACGUUGUUGAUCAGCAAAAUCCGCGAGGAGUACCCAGACCGAAUCAUGGUCACAUACUCCGUAGUUCCUUCGCCGAAGGUAUCCGACACUGUCGUUGAGCCGUACAACGCCACCCUGUCUGUUCACCAGCUAGUUGAGAAUACCGACGAGACAUUCUGCAUAGACAACGAGGCUCUCUACGACAUCUGCUUUAGGACCCUGAAACUCACCACCCCCACAUACGGAGACUUGAAUCAUCUAGUGUCCGCCACUAUGUCCGGUGUGACCACGUGCCUCCGAUUCCCGGGUCAACUGAACGCCGAUCUCCGCAAACUCGCCGUGAACAUGGUGCCCUUCCCACGGCUUCAUUUCUUCAUGCCAGGGUUCGCUCCCCUGACUUCCCGUGGUAGCCAGCAGUACAGGGCCCUCACCGUCCCUGAGCUCACACAGCAGAUGUUUGACGCCAAGAACAUGAUGACUGCUUGCGACCCACGUCAUGGCAGGUACCUGACGGUCGCUGCCAUAUUCCGUGGGCGCAUGUCAAUGAAGGAAGUCGACGAACAGAUAUUGAACGUACAAAACAAGAACAGCAGCUACUUCGUUGAAUGGAUCCCAAACAACGUGAAGACCGCCGUCUGCGAUAUUCCCCCACGUGGUCUCAAGAUGUCCGCCACCUUCAUCGGCAACAGCACCGCCAUCCAGGAGCUGUUCAAGCGUAUCUCUGAGCAGUUCACUGUAAUGUUCCGUCGCAAGGCUUUCCUCCACUGGUACACCGGCGAGGGCAUGGACGAGAUGGAAUUCACUGAGGCCGAGUCGAACAUGAACGACCUUGUUUCUGAGUACCAGCAAUACCAGGACGCCACCGCGGAGGAGGAGGGAGAGUUAGAUGAGGAGGAGGGAGAGGCUGAACCAGAGUAACCGAAACAUGGACGGACAUUUUAUAUUUCUAUGGUUAUUAAUAAUCUAUUUCGACAAUUGUGUUAUCUUUUGGUGUCAAUCAAGUGGCAUUACAUUAGAGGUACAAUUAAUGAUAAUGAUACAUAAACGAGAUAAAUCAAUUCUUAUCUUAGUUCCACAAUAGUUAGCAAAUGCCAGUACAAAAAACUCACAGAAAACGAAAUAAAUGCCACUACACGAUUACGGGUUAAUUUGUUAGUUUUGCAUUUUUCUAAAAAUUGCCUUAAAUUGUGCAAUACAAAGUGUUCAUAUUUUCUGUUGAUACUUUUGAUCUGUUACAUCAUGAUCUGUCAUCAUGAUGAAGUUGAGUCAAUCAAGUUAAUAGAUUUUUUGAAAAGAA